AUCCAACAUUUGUCAAACUUUCGAUUCAAUCUCUUGAAAUAUUAGUACGAAACAAGUGCAUAAACGUGUCAGCGGUUGGGAAAGUGAAUUGUCAAUCUUAUAAUAAAAUGUCAACUCUACGAGCAGGACCUAACGUAAAAUUGGCUAAAAUCUUUUACAAAUAUGCAGAUAGAACUGAAAAGGCUCAACAAUCGGAAAUAAAAGAAACUCCAAAUGAACUUGAGACUAAUAAAGAUGAUAUGCAAACGGAGGCAGACGUCGACGCCUACCCUCCUUACAACUUUUCAUGGUUCGUAGAAGCAAAGAUUGCCGGUAUGGGGUGGCCUCAAACAGUAGAAAAUUUAAACUUCCUGGUUAAUGCUGGUAUAAAUCACAUUAUAACUCUAUCUCCGGAAAGGAUACCUCCAGUAAUGGAAUGCAAGAAAUUAAAAUGGACGCUUAUAAAGAUAAAGGAAUUUAGCGCGCCAUCUUUGAAGCAAAUUGUGAAGUUUAUUGAGAUCUGUAAGAAAGCAGAGAUGAUGGGAGAGACUGUAGGUGUGCAUUGUCGGCACGGCCGUGGCCGGACCGGAACUAUGCUGGCGUGCUACCUUGUAUACUUCCAGAACAUGGCUCCAGAAAGAGCCGUUCUCACUACUCGAUUGAGAAGACCAGGUUCCUGCGAGACAUACGAACAAGAAAAAGCUGUAUGCUAUUACAAUGAUUGUCUUCGAGGAACAAUUACAAAGCCUGAUUAUCGACUGGUGGAUGAUAAGCUGUAUUUUGACUACACCAUGAAGUAUACCUAUGAUAGAAGCUCUGAUGAUGAUGAUUUUAAUGAUGAUAUGGAUGAUAGUGAACAAAAAACACUUACAGAAAGAGUUGAUGAAGCAAUAUUGAAAGUUAAACCAAAAACAAAUGCAAUGGUUAUAAAUCACAAAAUUUAUUUUUAGAUUACUUAUGUUAUAGGGCAAAUUUAUGUAAAUUCUGCAACAAGUUCCUACAUACUAUGAUAUUUAAUGAGGAGAAGAGGUUUUUUGAGAAGACAAAUUAAAACAGCAGUAUCAACCAUAUACUCUUUAUUC